UUAUUACCGAAGCCACCAUUUGCUGAAGAGGUGAGCAAAUACAAAUGAACUGGCAUUAAAUACUUCCUAGCAACAAACUGUAUCUAUGGCAACAAAGGAGAAAGACAAUGAGUAUAUUUGCACUUUAAGUGAAAAGUUCAUCAAACAGGCUGAGGAAGAGUUAUUUGAGACUGAUGAAUCAAGAACAAAAAAUAUCAAGAUACUCAGGGAAAAGAUAGAGAAUUGUCAAGAACUACAUGUUCGGACAGAUGAUGCAUAUCUCAUACGAUUUUUACGUGCUAAGAAGUUUGACUGUGAACGAGCCUUUCAGCUUAUAUUGAAACAUUUUGAAGUGAAGUGCGAGGUGAAGAAUAAGGAUCUUUUUAGAAAUAUGCGUCCGUCUACAGUAAAACAUGUACUAGAAGAUGGUGUCACAGGUGUUUUGCCACACAGAGAUAAAUUUGGAAGAAGGGUUCUAAUUUUCAGAGCAGGAAAAUGGAAUCCCUCUAAAUAUCCACUACCUGACAUAUUCAAAACAAAUUUCAUGACACUGUCAAAGGUUAUUCAGGAAGAAGAAACACAGGUUGCAGGCGUUGUUGUGAUUGCAGAUUUAAAAGGAAUAGGGAUAGGACAUGUGACUCAGAUGACACCCUUCUAUGCAAAACGUAUAGCAAGUCUUUUACAGGACUGCUUUCCAAUGAGACUAAAAGGAGUGCAUUAUGUAAAUGAACCGGCCCUGUUUGAUGUCAUAUUUGCAAUUGUACAACAAUUUUUGAGGAGGAAAUUUCUCGAAAGGAUUCAUGUGCAUGGGAAAAACAUGAGUAAACUUGCAGACUUUGUAGAUAUAGAUAAUCUACCAGAAGAGUAUGGCGGAAAAGCUCCUCCAUUUUCAAAUGAGGACUGGACAAAUACUCUGUUGGCAUGUGAAGAAGAAUUCAUUGAGGAAGAAAAAUAUGGUGUUGUGAAAUCGACCUCCAUGAAAGAGGAAAGUCCACCCAAACAAGACACAGAUAAUGUUUUGAUAUUCUAGAAUAUUUAUUUUUAUAUACAAAGCUUGAGUCUAGUCAGUGUAUUUAAAUUUUGGUAUCCAAAUGCAUUUUUUAGUAAAAUAUUUGUAUUCAAAUGCUUUUUUUU